AUAAUAUCGUACGUCAUGGCUAACAUACAACACAUGUGUGCUUUAGAUGGUUGGAGAUGCUCUAAGUCUCCCUAUAUUCAGAUAUAUAUAUAUAUAGCUGUCAUCCAAGUUGUCUCAUUACAUAAUAAUCGUGUUGUUAUUCUUAUCUCUCAGUUUCGAGCAGCUAUUUUCUCGCAGAUUAAGAUCGGAUCAUCAAUGGCCACUGCUUCCGACAAGCCCAAGUCUGUCCAUGAUUUCACUGUCAAGGAUGCUAAAGGCAACGAUGUCAACCUAAGCCAGUACAAGGGAAAGGUUCUCUUGAUCGUCAAUGUUGCAUCUCAAUGUGGCUUAACCAAUUCAAACUACACAGAGUUGGCAAAGCUGUAUGAGAAAUACAAGGAUCAAGGUCUAGAGAUUCUUGCAUUUCCUUGCAACCAGUUUGGAUCACAGGAGCCGGGAACUAAUGAAGAAAUCGUAGAGUUUGCUUGCACUAAAUUCAAAGCUGAAUAUCCCAUCUUCGACAAGGUUAAGGUAAAUGGUUCUGAUGCUAAUCCCCUGUACAAGUAUCUGAAGUCGAGCAAAGGUGGAAUUUUCGGUGAUGGUAUUAAGUGGAACUUCACCAAGUUCCUGGUUGACGAAAAUGGAAAUGUUGUCGAUCGCUAUGCUCCCACAACUUCUCCUUUAAGCAUUGAGAAGGAUAUAAAGAAACUGCUGGAGAAAGCUUAAGCAUUGAAGUUUGAGGCUGUUUGGCUGAAACCAUUAUAUGGAGAUUUGAUUCAAAUAAAUAGCCAGUUACUGCUGUUAAUUGCUUAUGUGUUUGUGUUUGUAAGUUUAAAUUGUAUUAAUGUUCGAGUAAAAUGAAGAAAUAAUGUUCCAGAA